ACGCCGCUUCGAACUCAAGGUCACAAGCAAUAGAAAGCACGCAAGAACGAAAACCUUCCUGCAACACCGCUGUUGUAAUAACUCGGAUACCUAUCGGGGCGUCACCCCUACAAACAAUGUCUAAAUCAUAACGCAUCAAGGCAAACGAAGGAGAGCAGGAUGGGUGGGCGAAAGGUGUCGUACUACUACGACCCCGACAUCGGCGACUUCUACUACGGGCAGGGCCACCCCAUGAAGCCGCACCGUGUGCGCCUGGCGCACUGCCUGGUCACCCGCUACGACCUGUGGCACCACCUGGACAUUGUGCGGCCCUGCCCCGCCCGCAAGUCGGACCUGGUGGCCUUCCACACGCCCGACUACGUGGACUUCCUGCGGGCCGUCACACCCGCAAACCAGGACGAGCUGUCCGCCGCGCUCAAGCAGUUUGCGGUGGGCAGUGACUGUCCCAUCUUUGACCGCAUGUACCAGUACUGCCAGAUCUACGCCGGCGCCAGCUUGGGUGCGGCCAUGCGCCUGAACCACGGCCUGGCAGACACCGCCAUCAACUGGGCGGGCGGCAUGCACCACGCCAAGAAGGCCGAGGCCAGCGGGUUCUGCUACGUGAACGACAUUGUGUUGGCCGUACUGGAACUGCUCAAGUACCACGCCCGGGUGCUGUAUGUGGACAUCGACGUGCACCACGGCGACGGCGUGGAGGAGGCCUUCCUCACCAGCGACCGGGUGAUGACUGUGUCGUUCCACAAGCACGGCGACAACUUCUUCCCCGGCACCGGCGACACGGCCGACUGCGGGGUGGGCGCGGGCCGCGGGUACGCGGUGAACGUGCCUCUGCGUGACGGCAUGGACGACCCCGCCUACGAGGGGCUGUUCCGGCCGGUCAUGGGGGCCGUCAUGGAGCGAUUCAGACCCGAGGCCAUCGUGCUGCAGAGCGGCGCCGACUCCCUGGCUGGCGACAAGCUGGGUCCCUUCAACCUGUCCAUCCCCUGCCACGGCCGCUGCCACGCCUUCCUGGCCGCCUACGGGCUGCCUCUGCUGGCGCUGGGCGGCGGCGGCUACAAGGUCAAGAACGUGGCGCGGUGUUGGGCGUACGAGACCGGUGUGCUGCUGGGUGUGGAGUCGGCCAUGGCGGACCGCCUGCCGCCCAACGACUACUACGAGGUGUUUGCCCCCGACUACCGCCUCACACCUCACCUGCCCCAGCCCGACAAACCCAACCUCAACCGCAAAGACUACCUGGACAAGGUGCGCACGACCAUCCUGGAGCGGCUGCGGGGGCUGCACCCGCCCGGCGUGUCCUUCCACGAGCGGCCGCCGGACGUGUUCACGUGGGAGGCCCUGAGGCGGGGGGAGGGAGGCAGCGGGUGCGGGGGAGGAGCAGGAGAGGAGGGGGAGGGGGAGGGGGAAGGCGGGAGAGAUGGCUUUGUGGAGGGGGAGUAUGGCGAGCUGCGGCGGCGGAGCCCAUUUGAGGCGCAGGGCGGGGGUGGAGGCGCGGGAGAAGGAGGUGGUGGUGGCGGGCGGCGGAGAGGGAUGAGCGGGGAGGGGGAGGGGGGGCGCGCCGAGCGGGAGGAGGACGAGGACGCGAUGUUGGAAUGAGGGUGCCCUGGUGGUGACUUGUGUGCGGGUGGCGUCGUGUGGCAUCGUGUGGUGUCGUGGGUUUCGCUGGCUUUCAUGUUGGGUCCGAGGCAGCGAUGGCUGUCGUGCAGCUGGCUUGGUUAUCCAGUGUAUGCCAUUGCAGGUUUUGUGCCCCCGGUUUGCCUUGCACGUGGUUUGCUUGCUGGUUCCGGCAAUGCACGAAGCGCUGCUAGAAGUGAGUUUGAGUAAAUGUAUGAGCAGUAGGUCGCAGCGCUGGGCAUUUGAGGCAAAGCAGGAAGAGCUGUUGGGCAUGGGGGGCAGAACCUGUUGAGGCAACAAGGACUGAGCAGCUGGUGUAAGUUUGUUUGUCACAUGCAGGGUUUAGACGUGUUGUCAAUAGCUUUGACUUGUAGGUAUACAUAAGCAAAGCUGGUCAGUCAGACUAUUGCAGAUGUGCAGGAUGUUUAAAAUGGGCACUUCAGUCAGUUUUGCGGCUGCACAGCAACUGCCGCGUGUUGCAUAGCUCAAACCACAGGGGCCCGUUGGGGCCUGGGGGCUGCUGUUGCCACGUAUGGGGGCAGGCGCGUUGUGCGCUUGCCAGAGGCUGCAAAAGGCCGGCCGCGGAAUGAGGAGUGUUGACGGCUUGGCAGAGUCAUCACUCGCCGGAGUGUGUGUGGGCCCCUGGUGGUGGCAACACGCACGAUGGUCAUGCUGUAUAAGCCCCCGGAUGGCAAAACCACCCGCUUAACACA